AUGGGGACAUCAUUAUCGCUUUUGAUAGAGAAUGGUUCAGGCAACGGAGGUCCGAGUCUGGGGGACAUACCCGAGAGCCGCGUGGCAGCCCAACGUGACCGUGAGUCCGUGACACCGUCGCAAAGCGGCAAACUCUCCGGCGCGCAGCAACGACUCCGAGGGACGAAACUAGAGCAAAGGAAUAUUGGCUACUACUGUCCUGUGGAAUACAUGAUAAUGGAGAUCAGCAGACUGGUAUCUGGAGAUGGAGAGAGUAAAAAAUUGUGGAUUAUGGGCGCUGCAACUUUCCAGACCUACAACAAAUGCAAAAAUGGCUGCCCUUCUUUAGAGACUCUUUGGAACCUUCACCCUCUUACAAUUCCUGUUGGCACCUUGGCUCUCACUCUUAAUUUUGAGAGGUAA